CUAGAGAGAGGGCGGGGAAAGGGAGACCAGGUGAGCAGAGGAGCCCCCUGCGUAUCUGGACUGUCUGGAUCGCGCCUUGCCGGACUCCUGCCCUCUCCUUGCUCAGGUGGGCGCGCCGGGUCCCUAGCUCACUAGAGGCGCUCGGAGGAGAACAGAAAGUCGCGGCCCGGCUGCGCGGGAUGCCUUUCGCCAAGCGGAUCGUGGAGCCGCAGUGGCUGUGCCGGCAGCGGCGCCCGGCGCCCGGCCCAGACGAGGAUGCGAGUGGAGGCAGCGCUGAGCCGCCGCCGCCCCUGCAGCCGCCUGGCCGGCGGGAGGAGGCCGAGCUGCCGGGGCCAGAGGAACCUCCCCGAGCGCCCCCUGCACCUCUUGGGCUGCCGCCGCCACCGCCGCCGCUACUUGCGCCGGCGGACCAGGCUCAGCAGCCUCAGGGCGAGGCGCCCGCGGCGGGCGAGGAGAGCGCGCCAGGAGUCCCGGAGGCGGCGUCCGCAGCUGGUGAGGCUUCCACCGCAGCAGCUGCGGCUGUGCUGCUCAUGCUGGACCUGUGCGCAGUCAGCAACGCUGCGCUGGCCCGCGUCCUCCGGCAGCUCUCGGACGUGGCCCGGCACGCGUGCAGCCUCUUCCAGGAGCUCGAGAGCGACAUCCAGCUUACCCACCGCCGUGUCUGGGCACUGCAGGGCAAGCUCGGCGGCGUGCAGCGCGUCCUCGGCACCCUGGACCCCAAGCAGGAGGCAGUGCCUGUAUCCAACCUGGACAUCGAGAGUAAGCUGAGUGUGUACUACCGUGCACCCUGGCACCAGCAGCGAAACAUCUUCCUCCCGGCCACCCGGCCUCCAUGUGUGGAGGAGCUGCACCGCCAUGCCCGGCAGAGCCUGCAAGCCCUGCGUAGAGAACACCGGAGCCGAAGUGAUCGCCGAGAGCAGAGAGCUGCUGUCCCUCUUUCCAUAGCUGCUCCACCACUGCCAGCCUACCCUCCAGCUCACAGCCAGAGGAGGCGCGAGGUAAAGGACCGCCACUUCCUAACGUCCCACCCCCCAGAGGACGAAGAUACAGAUGUCAUGUUAGGGCAGAGGCCGAAAAACCCAAUACACAAUAUCCCCUCUACACUGGACAAGCAGACCAACUGGAGCAAAGCACUACCUCUCCCAACGCCAGAGGAGAAGAUGAAACAAGAUGCCCAAGUGAUUUCUUCUUGCAUUAUUCCCAUCAAUGUCACUGGAGUUGGUUUUGACAGAGAGGCUAGUAUACGCUGCUCUCUUGUUCAUUCACAAUCUGUACUACAGCGGAGACGAAAAUUGAGGAGGAGGAAAACCAUCUCGGGGAUCCCCAGAAGAGUUCAACAAGAAAUAGAUUCUGAUGAAUCACCAGUGGCCAGGGAAAGGAAUGUGAUUGUGCACACAAACCCAGACCCCUCCAACACUGUCAACAGGAGGUCCGGAACCAGGGACUCUGAGUGCCAAACUGAGGAUAUUCUAAUUGCUGCCCCGUCCAGAAGGAGAAUCAGAGCUCAAAGGGGUCAAAGCAUUGCAGCUUCCCUUUCUCAUUCUGCUGGCAACAUUUCUGCGCUGGCAGACAAAGGUGACACCAUGUUUACUCCUACAGUGAGCAGCCGUACAAGGUCUCGGAGCCUUCCUCGGGAGGGUAAUAGAGGUGGAGAUGCUGAACCUAAAGUUGGUGCUAAACCCUCAACAUAUGAAGAGGAAGAGCCUUUCGUGGGUGACCAUGAAAGAACCCCUAAUGACUGCAGCGAAGCUCCAGGCAGCCCAAGUACACAGGAACACCAGCCUGCCUUGGGCCUGGCCUGUUCUCAGCAUCUUCACAGCCCCCAGCACAAGUUAAGCGAGAGAGGGAGGUCACGUCUGUCCCGAAUGGCUGCUGACUCCGGCAGCUGUGACAUCUCCUCCAACUCAGACACCUUUGGGAGCCCUAUCCACUGCAUCUCCACGGCUGGCGUCCUCCUCAGCAGCCACAUGGACCAGAAGGAUGACCACCAGUCAUCCAGUGGGAACUGGAGUGGGAGCAGCUCCACGUGCCCCUCACAGACCUCAGAAACAAUCCCUCCUGCAGCUUCUCCUCCCCUCACUGGCUCUUCACACUGUGACUCAGAAUUGUCAUUAAACACAGCCCCUCAUGCUAAUGAGGACACCAGUGUCUUUGUGACAGAGCAGUACAGUGACCAUUUGGAUAAAGUGAGAAGCCACCGGGCAAACUCCUUUACCUCCACUGUUGCUGAUCUGCUGGAUGACCCCAGCAACAGCAACACAAGUGACAGCGAGUGGAAUUACCUACACCACCAUCACGAUGCCUCCUGCCGCCAAGAUUUUAGUCCGGAGCGUCCCAAAGCAGAUAGCCUGGGCUGCCCAAGCUUCACAAGCAUGGCCACUUAUGACAGCUUUCUGGAAAAGUCUCCAUCGGACAAAGCAGAUACUAGCUCUCACUUUUCAGUAGACACAGAAGGAUACUAUACCUCCAUGCACUUUGACUGUGGUCUCAAAAGUAAUAAGAGCUAUGUCUGUCACUAUGCAGCCGUGGGUCCAGAAAACAGCCAGGGUGUUGGCCCUGGUCUUCCAGACUGUACCUGGCAGGACUACUUAGACCACAGGAGGCAGGGGAGACCAAGCAUCUCUUUCAGGAAACCAAAGGCAAAGCCUACCCCACCUAAGCGUAGCUCAUCAUUGAGGAAGUCCGAUGGAAAUACAGAUGUUCCUGAGAAGAAAGAACCAAAGAUUAGCAGUGGUCAGCACCUGCCUCACAGUUCCAGGGAAAUGAAGUUGCCUCUUGAUUUCUCCAACACGCCUUCUCGAAUGGAAAAUGUCAAUCUUCCCACCAAGCAGGAACCUUCUUGGGUGAACCAGAGCGAACAUGGAAUGAAGGAACCUCAGUUAGACACCUCAGAUAUUCCACCAUUCAAAGAUGAAGGUGCUGAAUCAACUCACUAUGCAGACCUCUGGCUUCUAAAUGACUUGAAAACAAAUGAUCCUUAUAGAUCCUUAUCUAAUUCAAGCACUGCUACGGGUACCACAGUUAUCGAGUGCAUCAAAUCUCCAGAGAGCUCAGAAUCCCAAACAUCGCAAUCAGAAUCAAGAGCCACCACCCCAUCUCUUCCUUCUGUUGAUAAUGAAUUUAAACUGGCUUCACCAGAAAAGCUGGCCGGCUUGGCUUCUCCAUCAAGUGGCUACUCAAGCCAGUCUGAAACUCCAACAUCCUCUUUCCCUACAGCUUUCUUUUCAGGUCCAUUGUCUCCUGGAGGUAGCAAAAGAAAACCUAAAGUUCCAGAAAGGAAAUCCUCACUCCAGCAACCCUCUUUAAAAGAUGGAACCUUAUCACUGAGUAAAGACCUUGAACUUCCAAUUAUACCUCCUACUCAUCUUGACCUAAGUGCUCUUCAUAAUGUCUUGAAUAAACCAUUCCACCACCGUCAUCCAUUGCAUGUUUUUACUCAUAAUAAGCAAAACACAGUAGGAGAAACACUGAGGUCAAAUCCUCCACCGUCCCUUGCAAUUACACCGACAGUCCUGAAAUCUGUUAACCUUAGGUCCAUCAGUAAGUCUGAAGAAGUUAAGCAAAAAGAAGGCAACAAUACAGAUCUGCCCUACCUAGAGGAAAGUGCUCUCACAAUGGCUGUCUUAUCUCCAGGUAAGAUCAGGCCACAUACAGCAAAGAAAUCAAUAUCACGGCAGUACUCCGCUGAAGAUACCAUACUAUCCUUUUUAGACUCUUCUGCAGUUGAGAUGGGACCAGAUCAACUUCAUUUGGACAAGAACCCUCCUUUUGAUGUGAAGAAUCACUGCAAUCCAGAAACUGUGACCUCAGCUGGUAGCAAUCUUCUCGAUUCAAAUGUCAUGAAAGAGCAAAUACAGAUGGAGAGUGAGCCUAUUCCAGAAAACGCACCAAGUAAAAACUGUGGGGUUUCCACAGAAGGAUUUCAAAGGGUCUCUGCUACCCGCCCAAAUGGUUUGGACAGCAAAAUAAUACAGUAUGGAGCUGGUCCAGAUGGAGUGCUAGAACAGGUACAGAAGCCAUCCUCUGAAGAUCAGGAGGAAGGUGCACAACCUGAAUCUGUGGGUGUAAUCGCCUCUCAGUCCAACUCACCAACUAGAACAAUGGACAUAAGCAACCAACUUAAGCAUCAACUUGUUAUGAGCCACCACCACGACAAAGUGCCUGGGAAUAUCCGCUAUGAAUCAGAGAUAUCAACUGUAAAUUCAUUUCCUGAAAAAUGUUUCGAGCAGGAAAAUAUUGCUUCAGGUAUUUCACCCAAAAGUGCCUCUGAUAACAGCAGAGCAGAGGAGAUCCAAGGAAGUGUGGAUGAGACUUCAUUGAAAGAAUCAUCACCGAGUGAUGACUCCGUCAUUUCACCACUUAGUGAAGAUUCUCAAGCUGAAGCGGAGGGUGUGUUUGUGUCUCCAAACAAACCUCGAACAACUGAGGAUUUAUUUGCCGUCAUUCACAGAUCCAAGAGGAAAGUACUUGGAAGAAAAGAUUCUGGGGAUAUGUCUGUUCGAAGCAAAUCGAGAGCUCCCCUUGGCAGCAGUAGCAGCGGGGCCAGUUCUGUCACUUCACCCAGCAGCAAUGUGACAACUGCAAACAGCCAGAGGUCUCCUGGUCUCAUCUACCGAAAUGCCAAAAAGUCCAACACAUCCAACGAAGAGUUUAAGCUGUUACUCCUCAAGAAAGGCAGUCGCUCCGAUUCCAGUUACCGCAUGUCUGCCACGGAGAUCCUGAAGAGUCCCAUCCUGCCCAAACCUCCUGGGGAGCUCACAGCAGAGUCCCCCCAAAGCACCGAUGAUGCCCAUCAGGGAUCCCCUGGGGCCGAGGCAUUGUCCCCACUCUCCCCGUGCUCCCCGCGAGUCAACGCAGAAGGAUUUUCGUCUAAGAACUUUGCCACCUCAGCAUCAGCCAGGGUUGGACGUUCGCGGGCGCCCCCUGUAGCCAGCAGCAGCCGCUACAGUGUCCGCUGCCGGCUGUACAACACACCCAUGCAGGCCAUCUCCGAGGGAGAGACGGAAAACUCCGACGGGAGUCCGCACGACGACCGCUCCUCCCAGAGCUCCACAUAGGCUGCCUAUGUCAGGCUGCCUCCAAACGCCCAAACCCUUAGUUCCGAGGGGAGGUGGGGAUGCUGCAGAGGACUCUGGACAAGUACCAGGACUGGGUAGCAUCACUGCCUAGCAACGAAUUUCUAAAUACAUGCUGGAGAAACAGAAAGUGGUUUUAGUCAUUCUUGAUUGUUUCCAUGUUUUGAGUAGCUGCACUGUCUUCUCACGGUUUUUCUUUAGCUUAGUUUGAUUUACCCAAUCUCAUUCCCCGUGAUAAUAGAGCAUAUAAAAAUAUCUAAUUUUCAUGAAACCUACACCAGGUUUUCCCAGAGCUGCCUAUUCAAAAACAUAAAGCCCUCACUGUCAUGAUUCUUUAAGAAGAUGAAAUUACUCUGGAGGUUUGGUAUUUUUUUACAUUAAAAUGAACUAAAGCAAAAUUUAGAAGAAAGAAGUACACAUAUGUAAAUACCAUAUUUUUGAUAAAAAUGUGUAAAUAGAUUUAUCAAUGAUGAGUGGACAUGUGGCCAAUUAUCUACCGCACACCAACUGUUUGUAGAACACACAAAAAUAAAGUGUAAUAACUGUAUUCUGUGAAUACCAUUUUCAUAUCAAUACCAUAUUUAAAUGUCCACCAAUGAUUUCUGAGUGAUGAAAACCUCAAAUAUGAAUUUAAAACUGGUGAAAUAAAGGAAACCUUGAGGUCAUAGACUGAAAUGUGAUUAAUCUAGGAUAAUGAAUUCAGACCUAAUCAUUUUUGUGACAAAUUACAGCAUAAACAAGCUAAUAGCAACCUGUAGCUGUGAUUUGCCAUGUGGUAAUUUGGACAGAAUGAAAAGCAUGCUUUUGACUUUUUUUUGUAGUCAAUGAGAGAAGUCAUCAUUCUCAACACAAAGCCCUGAAAAACAGCAUUUGACAGUGUCCUUUAGACUUUAAUUUUUUUAAUGGAUUGCUUUAAAGAGAAUGAGUAGGGAAACCAGUAGUUAAUUUUAGGUUAUGUUUUAUAUUAGACUACUGGGGACAUAAAUGGUCAUAAUCCAAUGACUAUAAUCUUUAAAAUCCUUCAACGGUUUAGCAAUUAGCUCCAGGUUCUUAAACUAACAAAAAUAAAACGUAAGCAUGCCACAGAGCUAUUGAUUUAUCAGUAAGUACCUGCAAUGAGUUUUCAGUGAAGCUUUCUCUCUGUGCUGAUGAGAUUCAUGCUACCUAAAAAUUAACAGAAAUGACACUGUGAAAAAUGUAGUUGGGAAAUAGGUAUGUGUAUAUGCAUUAUUUAUAUUCACUGUUAAACUGGGAAUGGGGAACAGCUCUGGUUCACAACGCUACAUACAACUGAGUUUUUGUCUGGUUUUACUAU